AUGAAACAAUCCAUAUCAAAUUAUCAAUUAGCAAAUAUGGCAUCACCAUUCCCAACCAAAGGACCAUUAUAUAAUUUAUCAGGAAAAUAUAAAGAUCUAAGUUUUAAUCAAGUACACGAAAAUGAUGAAGCUAGAAUUGUUAUUUUAAAUGAACCAUCAUUACCACAAUGGAUGGGUAGUAUUCAUCCAAAUGGUUCAUUAUAUGAAGAACCAUUAGAUUUAUCAAAAGCAAAAGAAGAACAUAAAUUAUUUAGAGAAUUAUUAGAGAAAGAAGGUUGUACAGUAUUUACAGUUAGAGAGAUAUUGACAGGUAGUUAUGAUCAAACAAAGUCUGAGGAUAUUCAACAUCGUGUGAAAUUGGAGGAUUUCGCAUUCAAUUCCAUGCAUUAUGAAUUGGAUUCACAACAGAAUGUUCAAGAGUUAUCAACAGAGGAUAAACUUUUAAUUUCUGAUCAAUAUAAAAAGAAAUGUAUCGAAUGUAUGAGUAAUGAACAAUUGGUAGAGGUUAUAUUGACUAGACCAACCAUACGUUUAAGAAAGAGUGAACGUGAUACAGAGUUACUCUCUACAGAAUAUUCAUUCAAGCCAUUGGUUAAUUUAAUCUUUCAAAGGGAUCAACAAAUUACCACUGCCGCUGGUAUCGUGUUGGCUAGUCUAAGCUCACCAAUUCGUGCACCCGAAGUGCAAGUCAUGAAAUUGUGUUUCGAGAUACUCGGUCUCCCAAUCGUCGGUGAAAUCCCCGAGCCUGGCAAAUUGGAGGGUGGUGACUUUUACCCAGUGGGCAGAGACCUCUCGCUCAUUGGUGUUGGUCUUAGAAGUAACUUUUACUCUGUUCAGUAUAUGAUGGAAAACGAUCUAUUCGGGACAACUCGUGUGGCUGUGGUAAAGGAUUAUUUCGACCAAAAUCAACAACGUAUGCAUUUGGACACCGUUUGCAAUAUCAUUGAUGAGCGUGUUAUGUUGAUCUUGGAGGAUAUCUGUGGCGAGGAUUCCCCAAUUCGUCGUUUGGUCGAUGAGUAUACUCGUGAUGACGAGGGUAAUUAUCAUUUGACAAGAAAUGAUGUAGAGUAUUCUCAAUACUUGAAAGAGGAAGGAUUCGAUUUAAUCUAUGCUUCAAAUCAAAAUCAAAAAGAUUAUGGUUGCAAUGGUUUAAACAUUGGUAACGGUAAAUUCAUCGUUGUGGAUAGAGCCACCGCUAAAACCAUCGCUCGUUCAACCAAAACCAAUAGUCAAUUGUUAUUUGUAGAUUUCCGUACAGUCACUAAAAUGUAUGGUUCAGUACAUUGUUGUUCUCAAGUAGUAUCAAGAUUCGAUCGUCCAAGACCAGGUGGUUCAUUACAACAUUCACCAUCAAGUGAUAAAUUAUCACCACAAAUAAUUCGCCGUAAUAGUAGGGACAGCAGCAGCGGUAGUGGUAGUGAUCAAGAUGAAGAUGGUUCUGAUAAAUUUUUAAUGAUUUCACCAACUGAUUUCGUAAAGGAUAGAAUUGGUAUGAAUGCAAGUUUAAUUCGUCAACAAAGACAAUUGAUUUUACAAGAUUAUUCAAAACUUCAUAAACUUUUAGUAGAUGCUGGUGUACGUGUACAUUUAUUCUGUCAUGAACCAUAUCAUCGUACUGAUAAAGCUGUUUUCGUUGCAGACUGGUUUUCAACACAUGAUAGAGAUGAAAUUAAAUCAACUGAAAAGAAUACCUUGGUACUUUAUCCACUCUCAAAUCAAUCAAGAAGAAGAGAAAGAAGAGCUGAUAUCCUUAAAUUUGGUUUCCUUCCAAAGUAUACUCGUGUUUUAGAUUUUACCCCAUGUGAACAAGGUAAAUUAGAAUACAAUGAAACAACAAUUGAACAAUUUAUUAAAGAUAGUAGUAGUUUAGAUGAAUCAUCAUCACCAUCAAUUAAUGGAGAUGAUGGUUACUUUAUUGAUUUUAGUGAAAUCGUUUUAGAUAGAGAACAUAGAUUAGCAUAUUGUUCUACAAAGAAUGAUCGUCAAUCAAAAUUCAUCGACCUUUGGGCAAGUGCUUUAGGUUAUAAAGUCAUUAAAAUCAAUUCAAAAGAGGCAGCAAAUAAAUUCAUUUUCAUUGGUUCUAAAUUUGCUCUCUUUUGUCCAAAUGCUUUAAGUUCAAAAGAACAAUCAGAAGAGGUAAUUCAAGCUUUACAAACUACCUCUGCUAAAAAAGUCAUUGAAAUCACUGAAGAACAAAUGAAUAAUUCUUGCGCAAAGAUUAUUCAAGUUAAAGGUAAUCAAAAAACUCAUCUCUUAAUGUCCGAUAAAGUAAUGAACUCUUUUACUUCUAAUCAAUUAACUGAAUUAAAAUCCUAUGUUGAUCAAUUAUUACAUGCCGAUAUGUCAAAUUUAGAAAAUAUGGGUGCUCAUAAUGAUGGUAUGAUUAGUAUGUUGGGUAGAUUAGUUUAA